GGACACUGAGAAUGAUCUAAGACAUGAUGGGGAAAUAGGAGAUGUAAACAGAGAUGACAAAGUGGCGAACAACAUCUAUGCUAAAGAGGAUAAUGGUGAAGAUGAAGAAGAGGUUGUUGAUCGAUAUGAACAUGAGAUUGAGCAAUCAGUUGCUGAUUUUGUUGAUGAGGAGUUCAUUGGUCGCAUGACAAUUCCAGAAAGCUCAGAUGAAGAAGAAGACGAGUUUGUUGCAAGAGAUAGAAGGAUGAAAAACAAGUCUUUUGACAGAUUGUCUAUUGGAACAACUUUCUACUCAGGUUUCGAGUUCAAAGAGGAUGUAUUAGAGUAUGCUUUGAGUAAGGCGAGAAACAUUGUGCAAAACAGAUGGGAUAAGACAAAGCUUAGUUUUAAGUGUGGUAUUGGAG